CAAAUAGGCCUGGCGUGUCUUGGGGUGAUGGCGGGGCGUGUGGCUGUGGCGGCGGUGCUCCUGCUGCGUCUUGGAGGCGCCCACGGCACCAGGGACUGUGAGGAUCUUCAUGAAGUGGUGGUCGUCAGUGAAGGAGAGAAAGACACAAUUUGUGAGAAGAGAAGAUCAACAUUAUCAUUGGCAUUAGGAUUUGAAAAUAGAGUGUCGACAACAGUGUACGUGCAGCCGGGAGAUGACUUCCAGGGAGUUAGUCUUGAAGUGACAGAAGCAAAUCGACUCUUUGCAACAACUCGAGUAGCCUGGUUUGGCCUUGACAAGUGUUACAGCGACAACAAGUGGAUCAAACUGAAGGUGGAUGUGGACGACACGACCCAAAUUCUGCAUUUCACCCUAAACAUUGAAGGAUACAGUGGAAGAUGCACGAGGCAACAAUCAUGGUACAAAGACAUUACUGGCCUUAGUAUUGUGGCUCACGGCUCUUCCAGCUGGACAAGCACAGCCAAAGAAACGGGCGGCAGAUGUCACGGUCCAACACAAUACACGAGCCUGCAGAACCCACCCACCUGCACGGAUCCGCCGCGCCCUAUCACCACCACCACAACCACCACCACAACAACAACAGCACUUCCAAGUACCACAACCAGCACCACCACUACCACGACACCAACAACAGCACCUUCAAGUACCACCACCACCACCACUACCACAACAACAGCACCUUCAGUGGUGAUAGCGGUGCCGAUAGCGGUGGUGGUGGCGGUGAUCCUGGCCAUUGUGGUGUGUGUGACCUACCGGAGGCGACGGCGUGGACAGGGAGAGGGGCAGGAGAUCCUGUAUCGUCCACAGUCCUCUCCAGCCUCACCGGAGAUAGGUUCAGUGCACAUCAUGGAGAACAGUCUGUAAGAACCCUUCCCCGGCCCCGUGACCCCCGCCGCCAGGGAACAGCAAGGGACGGUAGUCGUGGAGAACAGUCUGUACGAACCCUUCCCGGCCCGUGACCCCAGCCGCCAGGGAACAGCAAGGGACGGUAGUCGUGGAGAACAGUCUGUACGAACCCUUCCCCGGCCCCGUGACCCCCGCCGCCAGGGAACAGCAAGGGACGGUAGUCGUGGAGAACAGUCUGUACGAACCCUUCCCCGGCCCCGUGACCCCCGCCGCCAGGGAACAGCAAGGGACGGUAGUCGUGGAGAACAGUCUGUACGAACCCCUGCCCGGCUCCACGACAGCACCCACCAGUGAGUGAACAGCAAGAGACAGUAGUCGUGAACACUCUGUACGAACCUUCCCCAGCUCCACAACAGCACCCACCAGUGAUCGAGUGGGUACGCCGUCUACUCUCUUGAUGUGGACCCAUCUACGGGAGGCUGGGUCAGCCACAGACGAUGCAACUCAUCAAAUUCAACCUACUGUGAGUUACGCGGGAUCCUGGAAGCCGUUCGUGUCUUACUUCAGCGAAGACUGAAUGGUGUGGUCAUCCUUCUAGCCCUUUCAUCUCCACAACCCACGUGCUAUGAUGUAGUUCAAGAAAUAUUACAGCAGUUAGCGUCAGCUUUUGAUAACUCCCUCAUCGUUACGUUCCUGUGGACUCCUUCGCAUGUUGGUAUUGCAUCCAAUGACACUGUGGACCUCAUCGCGAAAAAUGCCUGCAGACUACCUCCUCCUGAUAAUGCUGGACCAUCUCUCCGCUGUUACAAAAAGACGAUCCAUAAAGCCGCUCAUCUCGCUACACUCCAACGUAGGGACUCAGAACGGACGCAGAGUGUUUCCAUUCAGCACUACGACCACUUCCGUCAAUCACCUCCCAAGUAUCGCCGGCAUGGACUGAAGAUUCGCAGGCACAAUGUUAUGAAUGCUCGUCUUCGUCUGGGCUAUCGUCCGGUGUGGCAAGUCUGUGAAGCUGGGGACGCUCCUCACUACUCCGCCUGCAAGCUGUGUGGCCUUCCCAACGACAACCACCUCCAGCAUUACUGCCUUGAGUGUCCUUCAGUCAUGGAUCUGCUGCCCCAGGGACAGUCAAUGACCGACACCUGUAUAUAAUUUCUCCUCACUGGCAACCACUUAGACAUUACGUAUUUCCAUGCAACACCCACACUUUGGUGGGUGCUGAUUACUGUAGUCAUCGUAGACCAAUACUUUUGGUAGUAUAUGUGUUCUUUUCAUAACGUUUUGAGAUAACGUUUUACAACUUAUUUAUGCUUUUGUGUGAACUCUUUAUGCUUUCUCUGUGACCUCCAAUUUAGUUGCUAAAUGUAAAUAGUGUCAGACUUCAUAACUGUAUAUAUGAUUGUCGCCCCAUGGGUGUAAUAAAUUUAUCAAAUCAAAUAA